UCAUUGUGAUACAGGACGCAAUGAUUAUCAAACACAGCUAUACAUAUUGUCUGAUUAAAUGAAAUAAAAAGUAACGACAUCCGUUGAAAGACCUUAAUUUAUCCUUUCCUUUUCACACACACACUCACUAGAUUUUAAAUUAAAUAAUUAUUUUUAUAUUUUACAGAAAGAUGUUGUCAUUUCAAGAAUAAUAAAAAAUUCACCAUCAUAAUAAUUAAUUAAAACUCAUCAACAAUAUACAAAUAAAUAAACAAACAAAAAUGUCAAUGGCAUCAAUCGAAACAAUGGGUUCCAUCAAGGAUGAACCAGAAGAAAAAUUCAUCAACAGAAAUUUAAUAUCAUUAAAAUUUCUUUUGUUUUUAUUUUUUGGUGGUAUUGGUUGUAUUUAUCCAUUUUUACCACUUCACAUGACAUCAGUUGGUCUUUCACUUGAUGAAAUACGCACAAUAUCAAUAAUCUCACCACUUGUCUCAAUCAUUGGACCUCUUCUAGCAUCAACAAUUGCUGAUAAAUUAGCAAGCUACAAAUAUAACAAAUCAAAAUCAUCAACUGGACGUUAUUUACGUAUUAUGAUUGGCAUAACUUGUCUAUUAUCUGGUCUAUCUUAUUUUCUAUUAACACUUGUACCAGUUGUUGAAAGAAUUGAACUACCAAAAGAAUAUAAACCAACAUUAAAAUUUUCAUGUGAUAAUAAUGGUGCAAUGAUUUAUCAACAACGUAUAAAUAUAUUUUCAACAUGUUACAAUUGGACAAGUGACAGUAAAAUAUGCUCAGUAUUAUUAAAUAAUUGUCAAUAUAAAUGUCAUUCAAUUAGUAACAAUAAUAAUAAUAAAUUUUCAUCAUUAACAUCGUCAAAGUUUGAUAUUGAUGAUGAUGAAUUUGGUGUUGUACCAAUUGAAAAUGAAAUAAAACAAGAAGACAUUGAGUGGCGAACAAAAUCAACAGUAAAUAAUAAAUCAAAAAGAAGUAAUUUAAAUGAUAAUUAUGAACCACCACAUUUGUGUUUUACAAAUAAUGAUAAUACACAUUGUCAAGUAUACACAAUUGAUUCUGGUAAUAUUAAUAUUAAUGCAACAUUUAAACAAGCAAUUAAUACAAAAUAUAAAAAUGAAAUGUGUAAAUAUCCAAUUGAUGAAAAUAUACAUUGUCGUAUACCAGAAUUAUUAAAAAAUAGUAAAAAAAAAUUAAAUCAAACAUGUAAAAUUGAAUGUGAUAUGUUUGAUCCAUUUAUUGAGCCAAAUAAUUAUUGGCUUAAGGAAAAUCAAUGUCAUCAAAUUGCUGGUGAUCCAAUAAUGACAUUUUGGAUGUAUGCAAUAAUACGUACAAUAUCUGAUAUAUUUCCAAUGACAAUAAUAACAUUACUUGAUUCAGCUGUUGUCAUUGCAACACGUGAAACAUCAUGUGGUCGUGGUGACAUUGGUAGACAAUUUGUAUUUGGUACAAUUGGUUUUUCACUGUUUGGAAGUUUAUCUGGUUACUUGAAUCUCAUAUUGCCAACAUCAUAUGAUACAAAUUAUUUAAUACCAAUAAUAAUGCAUAGUUUAUUGAUGAUUAUAGCAUCAAUUGUUGCAUUAACAUCAAAUAACAUGCCACUAAGUCCACCAGAAUGGUGGUGGCAUACAACAUCUGGUAUGCUUGCUGUACCAAUGAGUGCUGUUAAACGUUAUGGUACUGAAACAUUUGCUCUAUUUAUUAUCCUCAUAAUACUUGGUACAUUUUGGAGUACAAUGGACACAUAUUUACCAAUUUAUUUAUCCUAUAUUGAUGAUAGCUCAUUGACUAUUGGUGUUGUAUUGACAAUUGGUACUUUACCAUGUUUAUUAUUUCUAUGGAAAUCUGAAAAUUUUGUUGAUUAUAUUGGACACAGUAAUUUAUUUAUCAUUGCAUUUACAAUGUAUAUUAUACGUUUUACUGGUUUGAGUAUAUUAAAUGAUCCUUGGUUGAUUAUUAUUACUGAAUUAUUUGAACUUUUUACACUUGGUAUCAUGUGGAUAACAUCAAUAUUGUAUUUACGACAUCUUAUACCAAGACAAUUUACUGUAACAGCACAAGCAAUACCAGUUGUUGCACAUUUUUGUAUUGGAAGAUCAAUUGGUGCAUUUAUUGGAGGAUACUUGAAAAAUUCAAACUAUGAUGAUGUUGAUAAUGCUAAAUUUGUUUAUCAAAUUAUGGCUAUUGCUGCUGCUAUUAUUGCUUGUAUUUAUUUUGUUAUUUAUCAUUGUUUUCUUAAGCCAAAAUGUCAUGCACAAAAUAUUACACAUUCAAGAACAACACCGUCAAUUAUACAAGGUACAAAUGGAAAUGGCAGCUAUACACCAUUGAGAGUAUAUCACAAUGGAAUGGGAAAAAAAGGACAAUUUAGAUAUUAAAAAUAAAAAAUUAAACUAUUUUUUUGUUGUGGAAAAAAAAUUUCUAAUUUUUUCGUUGAUUAGAAAUAAUUAAUUUAACAUUAAAUAAUAUUUUUUUUUUAUACAUCAAUUACUACAAAAUGUCAAUAUAAGAAAAAAGAAAAAAAAAAAAAAAAAACAAAUCCAUUAUAUAUUUUUUAUUUAUUUAUUAAUUACGAUAUUUAUGUUUUUUUUUUGUGUUUUUUUUUUAAAUAAAAAUUUCUAAAAAACUAUUUAUUUAAUUCUAUGUUUUAUUUUUUCUUAAAUUUUAAUUUAUUCAACUCACAAUUUAAUUUAAUUAAUUGAAAUUAUUUAUAAUAACAAAAUCAAGUUUUUAUGAAAAAUUAUGACAACGAUAUUUAUUAGCUUUGUUAUCGAUACUUUUUUUUUUUUUUUAUUUUUAAUCAUUAGUACUCUACUUUAUUAGAAAAAAAAAAAAAAAACAAAAAAAAAAAGAUAAUAAUUCAAAGAGUUUUAUAAAAAAAUAGGCAAAUAUUUACAAAAGUAUUUUUAUCAUUUGAAAAAUAAUAAAAGAUGAUUAUUAUCAUAUAAAAGUGAACAAAAAAAAGCAAAAAAAAGUGAGGUAUUUUGUCUGAUAUGACACUGUUGUUAAAAAUAUGAAAACAAAAAAUAAAUGUAAUACCGAAAAAAUAAAAAACAAAUAGUUGUAAUAUUGAUGAGAAAAAAAAAGAAGAAAGAGCUAGAUGUA